AUGACCUCCCAACCAGUCUGUCAAUUCUCGGACCGACUUACCUCAGCCCUCAACGCAGCUCAGAAUCAAGCUCAUACCCACUCUCAUGAAGGUGAUGAUUCUUCCAGACCCGUCUCAUUCGUUUCUUCAGCCAAUGAUGCUUCGCCCCUCCACUCACACGAUCAUGGGAACGGACAUUCACAUACGCACGAUGGAUGGACGCCGGACGAACAUGGACAUACCCAUGAGCACUUGGAACAUGCCGGUAAAUUCUCGGAAAGGGAUAUGCCAGAUUACUCGGGCAGGGAUUGGGAGGAAAGGGGGUUCACAAUUGGUAUAGGAGGUCCCGUAGGAUCAGGUAAAACUGCUUUGCUCUUGGCUCUCUGUAGAGCUUUGAGGGACGAAUAUAAUAUUGCCGCCGUGACCAACGACAUCUUUACGCGAGAAGACCAAGAGUUCCUGAUCCGUAACGAGGCUUUACCGACCGAGAGGAUCCGGGCGAUCGAAACGGGUGGAUGUCCCCAUGCUGCCAUCAGGGAAGAUAUCAGUGCCAAUAUGGGUGCAUUGGAGGAGUUGCAAGUGGAAUUUGGAUGUCAGAUGUUGUUCGUUGAAAGUGGAGGGGAUAACUUGGCUGCCAAUUACUCCAGAGAGCUCGCCGAUUAUAUUAUCUACGUGAUCGACGUUAGUGGAGGUGAUAAGAUCCCAAGGAAAGGUGGACCUGGUAUCUCUCAAUCUGAUCUGCUGAUCGUUAACAAGAUCGACCUUGCUCCUCACGUAGGUGCCUCGCUGGACGUGAUGAAGCGGGAUGCCGCGAAGAUGCGUGAGAGCGGACCUACAUUAUUCACAUCAGUGAGGCACAACGACGGAGUGAGAGAUGUGAUCGAUGCGAUUCUAAGUGCUUGGAAAGCUAGUGGUGCGGCAGGUAAGGAUGGCAAGGGAAAGGGGAAAGAUAAGGCUUAA